AUGCCCCAUCAAACAAAGAAACACAUCCUCAGGCUCAACAAACACAUCAAAACACCAAUACCAAAACCAGCCGCGAACAUUGCUGUCAUGCAACUCCAUCCUCAGCCAGUUCAUCCUCUCCCUACACUUCCUCCACCUGGGCUCAAUGUUCUGCUCACACCCCAACACCCAAAACCCACAAAACACAGCCUUCCCAACCAGCCACCAAACCUACCCGACCCCCGAGCAAAACCACCACACCCACCCAAAGACCGUACAAACCGGCACCCCUAUGAACAACCCUCCUCCAUUACCCGUCCCAACUGUCACCCUAAAAGAAACCGUCCCAAAACUGCACCCCCUCAAACCCGCACCCCUCCCAACAUAAACCACCAACCCACCUACCCACAAUUAAAACUCAAGUCCCCACCUAAAAACACCCAGCACCUGCCCACAGGCCUCCACUAA